GUCACCUUGGGCUUCAUCUUUAUCAUGUUCUACGUUGACCAUAAAUUUCAGAAAUUAUAUGCAGUCGUCGACAACCAUUUCAAAUUCUUAUUUUAGUUCUGUUUUUUUCCUCUACAUCAAUAAUUUUGUUGGUAGCUACCGGUGAUAGCAUGGAAUCUCAACCCUCCACCUCCUAUUCCACAUACCGUCAGUUUGAAUUUCCGGAGAUUCUCUUAGCAACCGACAACUUUGACCAAUCAUUAGUAAUUGGGCAAGGAGGGUUUGGAAAAGUUUACAAAGGUAAAGUUCUCAUUGGAUCAAGUCCUGUUGCUGCUGCCAUUAAACGGUUGGAUUCCAUGUCCACUCAAGGGGCAGAAGAAUUUUGGGCAGAAGUCGAGAUGCUUUCCAAGUUGCGUCAUUGUCAUCUUGUAUCUUUAUUCGGUUAUUGUAAUUAUGAAAAAGAGAAAAUCCUCGUCUACGAGUAUAUCCCUAAUAGAACACUUGAAGACCACCUACACAAACUUUGUACCCCUCUUUCAUGGCAUCAACGACUCAAGAUCUGCAUAGGUGCAGCUCGUGGGUUAGACUACCUCCAUACUGGCACGGGGAUUGAGAUAGGUGUUAUACACCGCGAUAUCAAGACCUCAAAUAUUUUGUUAGAUGAUAGCUGGGCGGCUAAGAUUUCGGACUUUGGAUUGUCGAGAAUAAGCCCAACAAAUCAGCCAUCUACUUAUGUCAACACACUUGUUAAAGGAACAUUUGGGUAUUUCGAUCCAAAUUAUUUCACAACUGGCAGGCUGACCAGGAAGUCUGACGUGUAUGCGUUUGGGGUGGUAAUGUUGGAAGUAUUGUGUCGGAAGCGUGCAGUGGAUAGAAGUCUUGAUGAUGAGCAAUGGGGUUUAGUAACAUGGGCUCAAGAUUAUAUCAAAGAGGGAAAUUUAAAGCAUAUAAUUGAUUCUGAUAUAAGGGGUCAAAUAUCCACAAAACAUUUGAAGGAGUUUGCUCGAAUUGCAGACAGAUGUUUGCUUGGCAAUCCGAAGCAGCGCCCUACGAUGUUUGAGGUUGUGGUCAGUUUGGAUUCUGUAAUGAACGGACGUAGUUCCUUGCCAGCUACAGGCAAAACAGUUUUUGGAAGAGUACUUGAUUUGUUUCCACUCCCCUCCAAUGGAGAGAACUCUGCCGACGCUGAUUCAAAGCUAUCAAAUAGUAGCAAGGGAAACACUACAAAUGCCAGUGAUACGAUUGGGGCUGACAACAAACAUUUCACAAUUCCUAUUCCAAGUAUAAAAGUAUUCAAAUUUGAUGAUUUAAAAUUUGCCACAAGAAACUUUAGACAAGAUCUGCUCUUGGGUAGGGAAGGUUUUGGACAGGUAUUCUUAGGUUGGGUUGAUAAGAACACAUUCACGCCUUCAACCGAGGGGUCUGGAAUUGCUGUUGCUGUUACAAGGUACAGUGAAGUUCGUCCAGAGUGGAAAACGGUGGUGACUGUCUUAGGACGGUUGGCUCAUCCAAAUGUUAUUCGUCUAUUGGGAUACUCCAAUGAUAAAAAACCCCAAUCCUUCCUUGUUUAUGAGCACAUGCAGAAUCAAAAUUUCGGUCACUUCUUAUUCGGAGAUGUUGCCGGACCACUUUCAUGGGGAACACGACUAAUGAUAAUGAUAGGAGUAGCUCGUGGACUUGCCUAUAUGCAUUCAUUAAAAGAUCAAGUCAUACACCGUGAUCUUAAACCCUCUAAUAUAUUGCUCGAUGAGGAUUUUAAUGCAAAACUAGGGGCUUUUGAAUGGGCAAGAAUUGGCCCUGAAACCGGGGAAACAUAUAUUAUUACAUCUCUUGCUGGUACCUUAGGUUGUUUAGACCCAGAGUAUGUAAAAACUGGUCGCUUGCGAGUAAGUAGUGACAUCUAUAGUUUUGGAGUGGUGUUACUAGAAACCUUAUCGGGGCGUCCAGUAUUAGAGCAUAAAUUCAAUUUGGUAGAAUGGGCAAGUCCGUUCAUAGCAAGCAGAAACAAGCUAAAGAAAAUAAUGGAUCCACGUCUAGAAAAAAAGUACCCCAUAAAAGGUGCUUUCGAAUGUGCGACACUCGCAUUAAGAUGUUUAGCUAAAGGUAGGGAUAGGCCUUCAAGUGAAGAAGUUUUGCGAAGCUUGGAACAAAUAUAUUUUAACAAAUAAAUACGAAACAUAGCAAACACAAAUAUCUAUCUAUGAACCAUAUACUAUGACUUAUAUUCAAACAUUAUCAACAAAAUUUUUAUGAGAAA